AUGUUGACGUUUCUAACAGUCGCGAAAGUUUCUGACAGCGUACCAAAUGAGAUUUUUCCUCGCGAGUCGCUUGACGUACCUUCGCAUAUGCGUUUAGCUGACCCAGAAUUUCAUUUACCAAGGGCGGUCGAUAUAUUGAUAGGAGCAGGUGCAACCACGUCUUUACUUUCGAUCGGUCAAUUAAAUAUAGCCAGAAACAAUUGCGAAAUUUUUAUGCAAAAAACACAACUCGGUUGGGUCGUAGUGGGCGGUGCGAAAGAAAUUCUUGGAACGAAAAGGGUGACGUGCAAGUUAAGCGAAUUAGUCGAUCAAAUCGCGAAAUUUUGGAUAAUAGAGGACAAUAUUAGCACGAAAGAGUUGAAACAAGCAGAAGAGUCGUUGUGUGAAGCAUUUUACACGCAAACUACGACGCGUGAACCAUCAGGUCGGUAUAUGGUUCGCUUACCAUUUCGCGAUUUUGAUCAAAGUUUUGGCGAUUCACGGUUGCACGCACUUCGACGAUUUCACGCGUUAGAGAGAAAAUUAAGAUCAAAUCCGGUGCUCGAUUCUGAUUAUAGGAAAGUCAUGAACGAAUACAUAAGUUUAAAUCACAUGUCAUUAAUCACUGAUGAAAGCGACGACGGAUAUUAUUUACCCCCUCACGGCGUGAUUAAAAAUACAAGUACCACGACGAAGCUACGAGUUGUUUUCGACGCAUCUGCAAAAUCAAACAAAGGCUUUUCAUUGAACGACAAAUUAAUAAUCGGCCCAACAAUUCAAGAAAAACUAUUCGAACAUCUUUUAAAAUUCCGUAUGCACGCUUUCGUUCUUACGGCAGACAUCGAAAAAAUGUAUAGACAGAUAUUAAUUCAUCCAAACGAUCGUAAAUUUCAACACAUUUUUUGGUAUCACGAGGAUAAACCUGCCGUUUUCCAAUUAAAUACCGUGACGUUUGGUGUUUCGUCUGCCCCUUACCUCGCAAUAAGAAUUAUAAAUCAGCUUGCGGACGACGAAAGCGCGGAUUUUCCACUCGCGUCUCAGAUUUUGAAACGCGAUCUUUACGUAGAUGACUUAUUAACCGGAGCAAAUUCGUUACCAGAAAUACUAAAAAUUCGUGAUGAAAUAAUUGCACUUUUAAAACGCGGCCACUUCAAUAUCAGACGAUGGGCUUCAAAUCAUAACCAUGCACUCGAUAAUAUAGAAGAAAAAAUAUUGGGCUCAGAUCAUGCCGUCGAGAAAAAUCCUAUUUUGAAAACCCUCGGGACCGUGUGGAAUUCGUGA